CGGAGCAGCAGGCACCGGGCCACCAGGCGGAGCAGCAGGCAGCGGGCCACCAGGCAGAGCAACAGGCAUCGGGCCCCCAGGCGGGGCGACAGGCACCAGGCCCCCAGGCGGGGCGACAGGCACCGGGCCCCCCGGCGGGGCAACAGGCGUCGGGCCCCCAAGAGGAGCGGCGGGCGCCGGGCCCCCAGGAGGGGUGACAGGCAUCGGGCCCCCAGGCGGAGCGGCGGGCGCCGGACCCCCAGGCGGAGCGACAGGUCUCGGGCCCCCAGGCGGAGCGGCGGGCGCCGGACCCCCAGGCGGAGCGACAGGUCUCGGGCCCCCAGGCGGAGCGGCGGGCGCCGGACCCCCAGGCGGAGCGACAGGUCUCGGGCCCCCAGGCGGAACGGCGGGCACCGGACCCCCAGGCGGAGCGACAGGUCUCUCAGGCCCCCAGGCGGAGCGACAGGUCUCAGGCCCCCAGUCGGAGCGACAGGUCUCAGGCCCCCAGGCGGAGCGACAGGUCUCAGGCCCCAGGCGGAGCGAAAGGUCUCAGGCCCCCAGGCGGAGCGACAGGUCUCAGGCCCCCCCCAGGCGGAGCGGCGGGCGCCGGACCCCCAG